AUGCUCCAGGUGGAGCGUCGGCUGGCACGAGUGGGAGAUCCGCUGCUACCCUGCGUCCUCGGUGUGCAGCAUGUGGAUGUCGCUCAAGCUCGUGCUCCUCGCCCAUCCCGCCGCCACCGGAGACGUCGUCACUGCGCGCCUAGACUGCUGGCUCGUCGAUCCCGGGGUUUGGCCGAGCAGUCGGAGCCCAGGACGGUGUCCGCAGCCUUCGCGCGCCACUGCGGCGGCGAGUCGGCGCCGCUCGUGCUGGCGCACAGGCGCGACCUCGAGAUCUCCGGCUACCUCCGGGGCGACGGCACCCUCACCGUGAAAUGCGCCAUCACGGUGCUCCGGGAACAGCGCCCAGGCGUGGACGUGCCCGCGUCGCUUCCUGUGCCGGCACCUAGGGGAGCUCCUGCGGAGCGGGACGGGAUCCGACAUCACGUUCGUUGUCUCCGGCGAAACGUUUGCCGCGCAGCGCACAAGGUCGUCCUGGCCGCGAGGUCACCGCUCUUCAUGGCCGAGUUCUUCGGGGACGCGAGCGACAAGAAGUGCGCGCGGCGCCUGGAGGUCCACGGCAUGGAGGCGGCGGAGUUCAAGGCCAUGCUGCACUUCAUCUACACCGACACGACAACGGAGCUCGACCGACACGACGGUGAGGAGUCGGUGGCGUUGACCUGUGGCCUCCUCGCGGCCGCGGACAGGACGGCGGCCACGAUUCUGAAUCUGGCGGAGCUGAACAACUGCCCACGGCUCAAGGCGAGCACUUUUUGUCAGUAUGAUGCAUGUAUGGCUCAGACAUACUCUCCUCUUCAGGCCCCCAUAACAAAGGUACCCAUUUAAAUUUCAUUUGACAUUUUUA